AUGGAUAGGAGGCUAAUGAUCACAACGAAACCAGUCCUGGCACCAGCAUCCAAGUCGGAAUCUGCCGACUCCAAAAUGGAGGACAAUCAGGUCGAUUCGGAACGGCGCCCGAGCGUGAAAAUUAACGCCGCUGCGGUGACUUCCGUGUUGGCGUCCUUCAACAAGAUGCAACUUCUUCGACAGCGCACACUGGCCGCCAAGGGAAAUGUCACCAAGGCGACGCCACUGAGAACGUUCAAUCCGAGAGAGGUCAAGGAAGAAAUAGAACGCCAACUGGAUACGACUCUUACAGGGUUAACGUACGAUUCAAAACGCGCGAGUGUGUUAGCGAGGAGCCUGUCUGACACGAUUAAAAGAAAGGUUAAAGCAAUGAAAUUCCCGAGAUACAAGUUCGUAGUUUUUGUGACAAUAUCGAGUAAAUCUUGCCUAAGUAUGCUGGUGGGAAGUCAGUGUGUGUGGAACGCACAGAUCGAUACAUUCGCCACCGGCACGUUCAUCAACGACAGCUUGGUUGCCGUGGUUACAGUAUUUGCGGUGUUCCAGGAGUGA